GAUGGCGGCGGGGUCGGUGCGGUUGUGGGUGCGCACGGAGCCGUUCCUGGUGGGAGCGCUCCCGGCCCCGCCGCCCGCCCGCCUCGCCCCGCACUACCUGCGCAAGGCGGCCGCCUACGCCCGCGCUCGGGCGGACCAGGGCUGCUUCCCGCGGUUGAGCUGGCCCAGCUGGCGGCACCUUGCCUGCGGGAAGCUGCUGCUGAGCCCUGACAUCGCCUGGCUCUACUUCGAGCUCUACCGCGGCCUCCGCGGGCCCUCCCCGACGCUCCGCCUGCGCUGGGCCGAGACUGAGGCGGCCUGCAGCAGCGCCGAGGAGCUGGAGUCGGAGCGGAGCAAGCUCUCCGUGGACACGCUGCAGUUCCUGCUGUUCCUGUACGUGCAGCAGUUCCACAACGUGUCCCUGCGGCGCUCUCUGCUCGGGGACGAGUGGCCCAGCCCCAGGACCAAGUCUCCCUGCCUGUCAGAGAAAUCGGGCACCGGGAAUAAGAGCUGGGAUGACCAGGAGCACCUUGCCUUUGUUCAGAGCCACCUCUUGGAUAUCUUGGAGCUGCUGCUGGAGCCAGAGCAGCUCUCAGCCUCCUCCCAUUCCAGCUGCAGCAGCCUGGUGUCCUUGGAAGCCGUGUGUGCCCUCAGCUUCCUGCUGGAGGGCACCGUCAGCAAUUCGGGCACCGUCCGUCCCCUGCACAAGCUGGCACUCAGGCAGCCCUGCCAUGGCCUCAAUGGGUACUCCAAAGGUUCCAGAACCUUCUCCCUGCCCAAGCUGGAGAGCUGGCUGCGCUCCUCCCUCACUGCCAAUCCCCUGGGAAUAACUGUCUGCAUCAAUGCUGGCAAGAAUCUCGUACGGGCACAGCAAGGGGGAGGAUCAACCAGGAAAGCCAAGAUUGCCUGCAGUGCCCGGGUGGUGCCAGAGGUGUCCCCCCUGGUGAUGAUGAGCCACGUGUACAAGCAGACCGUGGCCAAGAGCUCGGACACCCUGGUGGGGGCUCACGUCAGCAUCUGUCGCUGCCACGAUUCCUUCAUUUACCUCCUGUCCCCUCUGAGGUCUGUGACCAUCGAGAAGUGCCGGAACAGCACCUUUGUCCUGGGCCCUGUGGAGGUAUCAGUGCACGUCCAGAGCUGUGACAACAUCAAGGUCAUCGCGGUUUGCUAUCGCUUGUCCCUUUCGUCCACCAAGGGCUGCACUUUCCACACCCUCACACCCACGCAGCCCCUCAUCCUCUCUGGGAACCAGGAAGUCAGCUUUGCCCCUUUCCACACCCAUUAUCCCAUGCUGGAAGACCACAUGGCUCAGGUGGGCUUGGCCACUCUGCCAAACUACUGGGACAGCCCCAUGCUGGUGUGCAGGGACAGCGGUGACACCAGCGUCUUCCGGCUCCUGCCGCCCUCAGACUUCUACACCUUUGUGAUUCCCUUUGUGAUGGAGGGAGACACCACAGAGACCCCAGGGGGGCUUCCCCAGGAGUACCAGAAGGUGCUGAAGAAGCGGAAGCAGAUGGUGAAGGUGUGGCAGCGCAUGGUGAAGGAGGCAGGGCUGAGCAGGGAUCAGACGAAGCGGUUACAGGCUGUGGUAGAAGACAAAUUCUAUGAGUGGCUGGUUCAGACGGGGAACAGGCAGCAGCUGGACAGCCUGGUCCCUCCUGCCCUGGGCUCCAAGCAGGCAGCAGGAUAACAUUCCUGGCCAGGAUAACAUUCCUGGGCAGCAGGAGGAAAGGGAGAGCUCUGGGAGCAGCCAGUGAUCCACUCAGCCUAGUUCUCAUUAAGACUUUGUGCCAUCCCAGCUGCACCCACUGGAUCUGCCAGCCAGCCCUGGUGUGGAUGGGACUGCCUGCCUGCUGUAGGAUUCCUGAGCAUUGCUGCUUUCCCAGGAAUGUGUUGUAGCCAUCCUGUAGGUGACAGAGAGGUGCCUGGCACUGGGGGAAGAUGAAGUGUGCCUUGUUGCAGAGCUGUCACAGCAGUCUAUAGUGUCCAACACACCAGCUUUACUGGGACAAAGCUGGAUGCAGGCCCUGGGGCAUCACCUGCAUCCUCAUGGUACAAACCAGUGGUGCUGUUUUAAUAAAUGUGAAAAUGGAAUGUUUAAAUUUUUUAUGAGUGAAAUCAAACAGGUUCUUUUUUAAUAUGAAGAUGGCACUUUUGGAAGAUAAAUUUUUGUAUAUGGUUGCGUCGUUUUGACAAAUGUCAAUAAACCAGAUUUGUUGGAUAAA